UGCUCUCAAUGUCAAAAUCAAAUCCAGAAUUCCACUCCGUCAGGGACACGUGUUUUAUUUGGUAACUUGUCGACUUGUGAAAAUGAAGGACGGCUUUCCUUUCAAAGCCAAGGAUAUGAGCAAGUCAUGAGAGAUGCGUAAGAUAAACCACCAAUGGAUGUGCAGGUUACAUGCAACGUCUCCAGCCUUGAAUGUGGUCAAUUAGCACUCAUCAUCAUUCCCAGUCUCCUGGCUCUUAGCACACUGAUCAUCAUAUCUCGGAUAAUAUGGAGCUUCUUAAAAAAGAAAUCGUCAGUUCUGGGGUCUUCAGCAGUGUCUUUUGAUCAAAAUGGUCUUCUGCCUGGACACAAUGCUCUGAGCUCAUGGGAAAUGCCCGCCCACUGCAUCCUGGACGAGGUGGAGUUCCUGAAAAAUGGCCGGUUCGGGGCUACCUGCAAGGGCCAGCUAAAACGAGAUGGAGCUGCCAGCGCUGUGAUAAUUAAAAUGUUCAAAGGAAGUUCAAACAGUCACGAGGCUAAAGUGUUUAUGGAGUUGGCCAUGUUCUACUCAGCAGUUUGCAAACACGACAAUCUGGUGCGAAUGCUGUACUGCCAGACACGACUCUCUCCCAUGUACUUGGUUUUCGAGACGAGCACUCCUGGAAAUCUGCUGCACUUCUUGUGGAGCCUUCGGGAGGGUAGUAGUCAUGGGACGUGGCAUCAAGAACAGUCUUUUUCAGAGAGAUCUGUGUAUUUAGUAGCCAAACAAGCGGCUACCGGUCUGGUCACGGUGGUUUUCGUGCCUCAGGACUACCUGCUGUCAGAGCACAGGCUCGUGCAUGGGAACGUCGCAGCACGCAGCAUGCUGAUUGGCUCCGGGCUCCUGGUGAAAGUGUCCGGAUUGGCCCCGGCUUUCGAGUCGAGGCAGACAGAGACGGAUACAGCCGGAGUGCCUCUGAAGUGGCAGGCACCAGAGAGACUACUCGGACUCCCUGUUACAGCCAGGAGUGAUGUGUGGUCCUUUGGAGUCCUUCUCUAUGAGUUGAUAACUUUAGGUGCUCCUCCAUUUCCUGAACUGGAGCCAUCGGAGAUGUUCCUCCAAACUUUGGCGAAUUACAAGCUAAAAAGACCUCCGAACUGUGGAGGGGCACUGUUUGACCUCAUGAAAUAUUGCUGCAUGUGGAAUUUUAAGGAUCGCCCGGCUUAUUCUGCUGUCAUCAAACUGCUGGAGUCGUACAUCCACCUGGCUGAUACUAAACCCCUAAGAGCAACUCAACAUAUGGACAUUUCUGAAUACAGAAUUAAGGCAGGAGUUCCACCUUGAGCGUUCGGUGCGUACACAAGGCCGUACUCAGAUUUGUUCAGAGAUAGGUUACACAGUCGCUCAAGUCGAUCUUCUGGCCUUCAAGAUUGCCAAAUUUUUCUACUGUGAAAGCAUCUGAGACUUGGGUUUUCAAUCGCAUCUGGACUACUACCUUUAAACACAAGUGCUUGCCUUUACACCUGAUAAAAAACAAAAUGUGACUGAAACGCAAGCGUCAAAUGUAAUAUGAUGUAACAAAAAACAAAGGGACAAUAUCUAAUAAGAGUCUAAUAUAUUGCCAAAAUGCAUGAAUAGUCCUAUUUUAACAAAUUUGCCAUUAAAUAUGGCUUCCACCCUCAUCAUUCAGCAGCUUAUAGAAUAGCACUUGAUCCAGCACGUGCUAUUAUUUUGCCUUGAUUUUUAAAAUCAUGCCCCGACAUAUAAUUUGAAGCCAUUAGAUACAAAAUCAAGGUCAUAAAAUCAUAACGUGUAUGUGGAGUAGUCUAUUUUUAUCACGCCUUUAAUUUAUGUUGGUUUGUCUGAUUACUGAAAUAAUGUUCGUAUUCAAUAAAUUCAGUGCACUCGC